AUGGCAUCCAAUAAACCUGCUGACGUUUUCGAAACUUUUACUUAUGGAUUUAUUAAAAUUCAUGAUACACUUCGAGCGGGGAUGGUUCAAAUUUUAGAGAAUGCUCCAAAAGUACCCGCCUCUGAUAUUGACAAUUUUAUAGGAUACAUCGAAGCAUUCAAUUCUCAUUUCAUGAGUCAUCAUCAUCACGAGGAACACGUAAUCUUUCCCUCAGUAUCCAAAAAAAUACCUAUCAGCGACUUUGUUGAUGAUCACAAACAACUCGAUAAAUUACUCCAUAGCUUGUCCAACUACACGUCAGAAGUUAAAAAUAAGAAAGUGACUUAUGAAUCAUCAAAAGUAGUGGAGUUGAUGACGAAAAUAAGUGACCUCAUUCUUCCUCAUUUAAAAAACGAGGAAGUCACCUUUUCAGUUGAAGCUUUGAGAAAAAAUCUUACGGUGCAAGAACUUGAAACAAUUCAAGAACAAAUCAAAGAUGCGGUUAGAAAAGCCGGUGGGUCAACUACUAUUCUUCCAUUUAUACUCUUACACUUGCCUGAAGAAGAUAGAGAUCUCAUGGUUUAUAGUUACAUGCCUUGUUCUGGUGACGAUGUUGAUGAUACUAUUGAGUGGUUUGAUAAUAGUUUUGAAAAUGGUAAUCAUACAAAAAAACGCAAAAGACCAAGGGCGAAAAAAAAAAAGGUGGAAGAUAUUAACGAUAAUAUGGCGUCACAGCUACCUGAAGGUGACGAUGAUGAUUAUUUUGAACAAAUGGUUACGGAUGAAUAUGAUGACGGACAAAUGAUAAUAGAUGGAGGUGAUGGUAGUGAUAAUAGUAGUGGCAUAUAUGAUGAAAAUUUCUUCCCUAGUCCAACACAUCCACAUCAUAAUAAUGGAGGUUGGCAUCAUAAACAACGACAAGGUGAUAAAUUAGUGGAUCAAGAGUUUUUUAAUGAUUUUCCUGACGAUUUCGAUGAUGAAGAUUUAAAUUAA